AUCGGCCUCGAUUCCCUUCGCUCCUCCUCCGAGAGCUCCCUUCCCAGUCGUUACUUCGUCUAGUCAUUCGCUACAGAACAGAGAUCCCAACCAUCCAAGAUGCGUUACACUGAGCUUCUUGCCCUCGCCAUGGGCAACCUGGCAUACGCCCAGUUCUCCACCACUCAGUUCACCAACUCGUCUACCAUCGCCACCAGCACUGAGCCGGCGACUGACUCUGCCACCUCGGCCAGCAGCUCCAGCACCAGCACCAGCGAGCCCAGCAACCCCGGCUCUGUUGGUAACUUCAACUUCUAUGGCUGCGUCGCUUCCGAUGACGGUUUCCCUACCUUCGUCCUGGCUGCCGACACUGAGGACAACACUCUCGAGUCUUGCGCCGCUGCUUGUGAGGGUUCCAACUUCUUUGGUACCUACGACAACACUUGCUACUGUGGUGUCGUCCUCAGCACUGCUACCAGUGACAUUGUGAGCCCCGACUCUUGCGACAUCCCCUGCCCUGGUGAUGAGAGCCAGGCUUGCGGUGGCAUCCGGUCUUCCUCUCGCCUCCGCCGCCGCCAGAGCGUCGACAUCUCUGUUCUCCUCAGCAUCUACAUCUCGGUCGACUUCAACCCCGAUGGCACCACUGACACCGUUACCAACACUGUCACUGCCGUCGAGACCGAGACCCUGCCGCCUGUUACCACCACCGCCACUGUCACCACGGUUGUUGAUGGCACCACCACUGUCACCACCGCCACCACAGUCAUCGCUGUUGUUCCCACCGAUGUCGUGAUCAUUUGCUACGGCAACUACUGUGCUCCUCAGGUUCACUGCCCUACUUGCACCAAGUGGCAGAUUGUCUGUGAGGAUGGACACUGUGCCCCCCGCGAGUGCCACGAUGACUCUUGGGACAAGCUUGUCAUCUGCGAGUCUGGCCUCUGCCACUACGCCGACUGGAAGGAAGAGGAGUGCAACCAGCGCAUCGUCUGCUACGGAUCUGACUGCACCUGGGAUCAGACCCCUCACAAGGACUACCAGAAGAAGUUCAUCCGCUACGAGGAUGACUGGUGCUUCCAUGAGGAGUGUACCGACGACUGCUGGACUUACAAUGUCUGCACUGAGAACUGCCACGUCGUGCCUCCUCCCAAGCCUACUCCUAUCACCCCUCCCAAGCCUUGCGUCCCUGGUGACAAGGUCAUCCUUCCCCCUCCUGUCAAGGUCACUCCUCCUUGCAAGGGUGAUCACUGCCAGCCUCCCGUGGUUAUCCAGCCUCCUGUUGACUGCACUGGCGAUAAGUGUGUCCCCGUCAAGCCUGAGCCCAAGCCUGAGCCCAAGCCUUCGAAGCCUGUUUCUCCCCCGGUUUCUCCCCCGGUUUCUCCCCCCAAGCCUUCAACUCCUGUUACCCCUGAGAACCCAUCGAAGCCUGAGGUUCCUACCACUCCUGAGAACCCGUCGAGCCCUUCGAAGCCAGAGACUCCUACGACUCCUUCGAACCCCACUACUCCUGAGAACCCUGAGGUCCCUGUUGUGACCGCUGGCGCUUCUGCCAUGCUCCCUGCCUCCGGCCUGGCCUUUGCCAUCGCUGGUAUCGCUUUCCUCCUUUAAAGGAUCAGUGAUUUAGCAUAGCAUCAUCACACACCCUCUCUCCCUUUCGAGCACGCACAAGCACGCAUAACGUUAACGUUCUGGUUUAUUCUUACACCUUUCGGAAGUGGUUGGUCGUCAGGAUGUCGACAACGAUGGAUUGGCCUGGUCAACUUGCGAUGGUGGUAUCUUUUGGCGGUUAGGAAGUAGUAUCGGCUUUAAUAUGGCUUAUGACAUUUUCAAUACUUGUCUCUGUGCUAGCAACUGUGAAACUGCCUGACAAACUCCCACAACCAUCAGUAGACUGCAAUAGACGCUCAUGGCCUAG